CCUCUCAGCGGGAGCAGGGUCACAGCCAUCCCUAAAGCUGCUGCAGCUGCCCCUCAGCCUCUGAGGGACCAGAUUCCCUCUAUUGUUCAAGCUUUAGUCAUGACUUCUGGCGAAGCUUUGGCACUGUGGAUUUCAUAAUGCUGAAAAGUGAGGAGAAGGAAGCCAGGGAAGUCCUUUCUCUGAACCUUGGCCUGGCGUUUCUGUUGAGAAUGCAGCUCACCUUUGUGCUCCCUCAGUCAGCCCUCAGUGUGGAAGGAGACAGGGGCACAAGAAGACAGCUGGUCAGACUUCUCAGGAGGCAUCAUUCCAGGCUGUUUGUCUUGCUGGCUGUGCUCUACAGUGGAGCGAAGAGCAGUGUUGUGCCACAGAAAAUGUAUGGGAGGAUCACGUCCCCAAACUUUCCCAAUGUCUACCCAAACCACAAGGAGAGAAUCUGGAAUAUUACUGUCCCCAAGGGAUAUUCUGUCCGUAUCUACUUCACCCAUUUCAACCUGGAGCUGUCCUACCUGUGUGAAUAUGAUUAUGUGAAGCUGAGCUCUGGUGGGAAGACCUUGGCUACACUGUGUGGAAAGGACAGCACAGACACUGAGGAGGCUCCGGGCAACAAGACAUACAUCUCCAUGGACAACCACCUCGUGGUGGUGUUCCGGUCCGACUACUCCAAUGAGAAACCAUUCACGGGCUUUGAGGCCUUCUAUGCUGCUGAAGAUAUUGAUGAGUGCAAGCAGCUGUUGGAUGGUGAACCCCUCUGCAAUCAUCACUGUCACAACUACGUGGGGGGCUACUAUUGCAGCUGCAGGGUUGGCUACACACUGCAUGAAAACAAGAGGACAUGCACAGCGUCAGAUAAUUAAACUUCUCCUCGCUUAGGCAGAGAUGGAGACAGAUGUUCUGGGAAGAGCUGGUUUCCCUCCCUCCUGACCUGCCUGUUGCAGUCUGCCCAAGGGCUGCAGGCUUCUCUUGUUCCAUGACUUGUCUGUUGUGGUUCCUUGCCUUUCAGACCUGCCUCCUGCAGACAAUAAAGAGGCUGUUCCUUGUUGAAAGCUGA